AUUUACUAUCAACACAUCGGCAUUUUAUGAAAAUUGCGGCUACUUCUAAAAAAUAUUUUAGUUUAUUCAAUUGUUUCUUAGUAUAUUAAAUGUUUUUUCCUACAACCACUUAACACCAUUUAAAAUGAUCUCGUCAAGCACCAGAUCUUUGGCUACAUUUCUAUUUUGGGUUUAUCACAUAUCAUUAAUCAGUUCAAUUGAAUUAACAUUUGAACUUGAAGACAAGGCAAAAGACUGUUAUUAUGAACACAUUGAAAAAGAUAUUUCUACCACAUUGGAAUAUCAGGUUGUAACUGGAGGGCAAUACGAUGUUGAUGUUAUAAUUGAAUCACCUUCUAAAGAAAUACUUUACAGGCAAGUUAAAUCUCAAUUUGAUAGUCAUACAUUUGUAGCACCUGUUUCUGGUCCUUAUGCUAUAUGCUUCAGCAAUGAAUUUUCCACAUUUUCUCAUAAACUUGUCUACAUGGAUUUACAAGUUGGCGAGGAACCAGCUUUACCUGGAAUAGGAGAACACAUAACUGUAAUGACUCAGAUGGAAUCAACAUCUCAAGAAAUCCAUGAAUCAUUAAAUAAAAUUAUCGAUCAUCAAACUCACCACAGACUUAAAGAAGCUCAAAGUCGUAAACGAGCUGAAGAUCUUAAUUAUCAUGUAGCAUUAUGGUCGGCAGCUGAAACUAUAGCUAUAUUAGUUGUAGCUUUUGGGCAAGUAUUUUUGCUUAAACGUUUCUUCACAGAAAAAACACCAUCUCAAAUGCAAUACAAGUCAAUGUAUUAAUAACCAUAUAUUUAAGUAUUUUUUUUGUUGUGUACAUUGUUUACCAUUAAAAUAUUUUAUAAUUGUAUUAUACUUUAGGUUUUUUAAUACAUAGUAUUCCUGAGUAUGGGAGAUAAACUUAAAGACAUUUAUUGUUUUAUAUUAAUUAAAACUUCUAUUUUAUCUCAGAGUUUACAAUAACUAUUAUAUGGUUUUCGUGUAAAUACUCAAUGAAUAAUUUUUUGGUUUAAUCAUUAUUAUUAAUAUUUAUUUUAAAAAAUCUAUAUUUUGAAUAAAUUGGUAAUAGAAAAAAACAGAUACAACAUUUUUUUAUUAUUUAUGUAUUAAAUAAAGUUUUUAAAUUACAUGACUACACCUAAAAAUUCUUAUAAACUUCCGUUAUUUCUUAAUAAGAUGUUUGAUAUGUGUAAAAAAAAACAGUAUUCUCAGUGUAAUUUGUGAUAAAUAUAUUAACUAAAAUUUUAAAAA